AUGACUGAAUCAUCACGUAUUGAAGAAGAGUUGAUCUCUGCGUUCAGCACGACACCAGGAUCAGACGAUGCCUUCAUCAAGCAAUGUUCUAGUCUCUGCAAGACGUAUAAUGUGGCCCCUUUGGAUCUGUACUUUAAAUGGGAGUCGCUGGUCAUAUCCAGCUCCACUGCAGGCGCCCGAAUCAUAAACAAGGGCACGGCUGGUGCCAUCAGAGAUCUUCUUCAAAGCGAACUCAACAAGAUCAAGGCCAACCAGAAGAGAGCUGAGCUGAAUGCGCGAAUGUCUCGAGGCCGAGGCCUUGGGCUUUCAGGGCUCGCCGGGCGAUCUUCGAGGUUCCCCGAAGUUGGUAUGGUGAAACCAAUGCUUGGGGAUGCUUUCGCAUCGACAUCGUUGAACGGUAAUCGAAUGGCGGGACCAAGUAAGGUCGCUUUUCGCUCCUUCGGAGAUGAGGAAUCGAAGGACAGGCGUUCAUACAGAUACAUGUAUGAGAAAACGUCAGAACGCAGUGAUGCUCUGGACGAGCGUAUCGACGAGUUUGGUGCACUUGUCAGGGAGCAUUAUGAGAUCUCCGAUUUGGGAGACCCUUCCUCGUCGACAGAUGAAGAUGUGGUUGUCAUCGGUCGGAUCACGCUUGAUGCAGAGUCGUCUUCAUCUGGUUCGGUGAAGCUAAACGAAGCCAGUCUUUGUUUGGAAUCUUCUCGCAUGAUGGGUUCUGGGGCCCGAGUGCCACUCAAAUUUGACUCUAAUGUCAAGCUGCGCGCUAGUGUCAAGGGACUAGGGAGUGUUGGGCUUUUCCCGGGGGCCAUUGUUGCUCUGAAGGGGAAGAAUGGAGGUGCAGGCUGGUUUUCAGUCAGUGAAAUCCUUACGCUACCUCCGCUUAAGCCCUCACAUACGAAUCCAGAUAACACAAAACUAGAGGCUAUCGAUACAUCGUUUUCCAUGGUUAUUGCCAGUGGCCCUUUCUCGCCUAACGCUGAUCUGCUCUACAAGCCAUGGAAAUCCUUGCUGAAGACCUUGAAGUUGCAAAAACCUGCCGUUGUUCUCCUUAUUGGGCCUUUCGUUGAUUCAAAUCACCCCAAACUGAAAUCUGGUGACAUCGACGAGAGUCCUUCUGAGAUUCUCUUUGCCAACUUCACCGAAAACCUACGCGAUUUCUUGGAAAUCUCUCCUGAUAGUCUUAUCCUCAUUGUCCCCAGUACACAAGACGCCAUCAGCGAACAUAUUGCAUUUCCACAAGGGUUAUCGAACUGUUCAAAGCGUAUCAAGCUGCUCUCGAAUCCUUGCCAAUUUUCUCUGAACGGCGUUACCUUUGCAGUUAGCAGCGUCGAUGUCUUGUUCCAUCUUCGAAAAGAGGAGCUAGUCAAAUAUGUGGAGGAAAUCGAUCCAAUAGCUCCCAGCGCAGGCGAUGCAGUGACUGAUACGAUGACAAACACAUGUCGACACUUGCUGCAGCAGCGAAGCUUCUAUCCACUAUUCCCUGUUCCUCUUGACCUCUCGCACGAAGUCAACCUGGACGUCUCCCAUUCCGACGGUCUUGAUCUAUGCCCCCAAGAGACUAUGGGCUAUGCGCCUGAUGUAUUGAUAGUACCAAGCCGACUCAAACACUUUUCCAAGAUUGUCGACGAUACCGUAGCGGUCAACCCAUCGUACAUAACCAAGUCAAUCUUCGCAAGCCUGUCGUACAUCGGUCACGGCGACGGCCCCGCGAAAUCGAGAAUCAAAGUGGACGUCGGGAGGAUGCCAGAGCAAUGA